AUGGCGGCUCCCGGGGGCUACUACAUUCGGAAUGCGGAUGGCACAACAUCAGGCCCCUUCUAUGACGCCCAGCCAGCUGCGAUGUACGUUCCGCAGCCAGCUUCUGUGCCACACACAGCGCCUGGCGCCUAUGUGACGCCGGGAAUGAAUGUCACCACUUUGCCUGCCACACAGGCACCCUUUGUUCCCACUUCAAUUGCCGGAGGCACGGCAUACUUUGCCACAUCAGUCCAAGCUGCGUGGGACAAUCACUUUGAUGCCUUUGGAAAGCAGGACUUGGACAAGAUUUUGUUAGAUUAUGAUGAGACCUCGAUUGCCAAGUUGUACAACACCGUGGAUGGCUCCAAGAAGGAGUUUGCUGGUCUUCAAGGGAUUCGCGAUAUGUUCACUGAUCUUUUCAAGGACCUUUCCGACCUCAAGACCCUGGAAGCUCCCGUGAUCGAAGUCGACGAGCCAGGCAAGACAGUAUUCUUGGUGUGGAAAUGCCCGGGCUGCGGUUAUUCCACAGCCACUGACACGUUUGUUUUCGGGCCCGAUUUCAAAGUCAAGCGCCAGAAUAUUGUGGUCGCACACUCCCCAGUACAGACCAAAGCAAAGACAGAAAAGAAGGGCAUGUGCGCAUAA